AUGGUGACGAAGGGGUUCAUAACACGUGUUGGGCAGCACGAUCAUGCAGCAGUGCCUUUCAGCACAUGCACAGUAAGCGUCUUGCAACGUAUGCACACGUACCUGGGGACUUCCCAAGGAGGUCACCCAUCCGGGGAUUGCUCCCACCCGAGCACGCUUAACUCUGGAGUUCUUAUGGGAUCCGGUGGCAACUUUCCCACUAAGGGGGGUUUUUAGGGUUUAGGGUUUAGAGUUUAGGGUUAAGAGUUUUUUUUUUUUUUUUUUUGAUGAAGAAAUUUGAUUGAGUGAUAAAAGUUUGACCUCAUUCUGAGGUUACAUAAGUGGGAUCUCAUUCGCACAAGGGGCGAGGAUGACAUGGAGGGUGAAAGACCUCUUUUUUUAGAGGGGAUGUGAUAAUACUAGAGAUAGACUCCAGUUCGCUCAUCAUAUUUGAAGAAACUGGUUGAUCUGCAUUUGGGCUGAAAGAGCCUUUGAGUUCAUGAAGUUGGAAUAUCUGGUUGACAGUAGUAGGACGUGUAAACCUCCAUGUUGUGCACCAUGAGGUGUUCUUGCAAGACAAGAUUUUUUUGCAGUAAGUGGUUCUAAGAAAGAAAUAAAAUGAUAUAAAGUGGUGAGAAAAGAGUUGUUAUGACAGAAAGGCAACUUUUUUACAUAACCCGUAUUUGCUGAACUUUUUUCUCUCUCCUCGCGAGAGCUUCUCUCUCCUCAUGAUCAGCGCAAAUGGUGAGAUCUCCUUCAUGUGACCUCAAAUCGCGCUGAAACCUUUUCCAUUUGAUUCGGAAGGCCGACAACUAUCGGUUUCGAGCUAUUACGCAUCGAAAAUGCUGGAUUAAAGCCUUUGUUUCGCAAUUUCCUCAUCGCGAAGGUAAACUUCCGGAGUUUUCACUCCAAAGGUAAUAUCUUUCUAUUGACUGGGUGAAAUUUCAUUAUUUUUAGUUCAAUAGAAUCGUAUUUGCCUCGUUUACCAUUUUCUCUUCUAUAUCAUUUUUAUUUGAUGCUUAGCUGAUGAGUAGCUCACAGAUUUCAUCGGGUGACCUCCAUCGCCUAGAUGAAAACUCGCCCGACGAAUGCGAGCGAACAGAAGGCCGACACGUGGCAGUAACGGCCUCCUAUCCUCGCCUUCUCUCUCCGCCGGUUGAUGUGACCGAGGAGACGGCCGUAAAUGAGCUGAACGGUCGAACCACGGACGUCCGUGAUUCGACAUCAGCUGGCGUCUUCCCGAGGCCGGAAUCGGAGGGGACAGCAGUGGACGCCGUCCACUCUCCCUCCGGGAAUGAGGCGACGGCAGGCGAAGAGGCCCCCUUUGAUCCAACCAUUGAUCGUAUGAUCAAUGGUCAGAAUCAGCCGGCUAUAAAGGCCUCAACAGCCGUUACCGAGGCUCGGCCCUCGGACAGUCACGGCCAUAACGGCCAACUUGAUCCAACUGUUGAUCUUGAGAUCAAUGGAGGGGAUCACGUGGCCAUAAAGGCGCCGCAACCUUUUGCGAUCGCCAAUGCCUCAGUUGGGACGCUACUGACGUCAUCAACAUCAAACACCACGGACGAUGGCUCGCCAUCAUGGGCCGAGCCCCGCUCAGCUGGCACCGUACAAGCGCGGCUCGUGCGAGCCUCCGGCAAGGUGGCUAGAGCUGAGCCGGCCCAGGUAGCACCAUCUGAGGCCGCUUUAGCCCAGGUCAUGCCGGCCCAGCCCAUCGAGGCUGCGCCGGCUCAGGACGCACCGGCCCAAGCCUAG